AAGCACGAUGUCAGGUUUCAACAAAGAGACGCUCAAACCAGGUUCUUCUCCAGAAUCCCCACUAAAAUCCAAGAGAGUCACUUGUCACUACACUGGAAGACUCCCUGACGGUACAAAAUUCGACUCCUCAGUCGACAGAGGGACUCCCUUCUCCUUCACACUCGGCAUUGGCAAAGUAAUCACCUGCUGGGACAAAGGAAUCUCCCUCAUGAAGCGAGGAGAGGUCGCCAGGCUCACCUGCCCACCAGAGAUGGCUUACGGCAGAAGAGGCGUUCCCGGUGCCAUCCCUCCCAACGCUACUCUCAUCUUCGAUGUCGAGCUAUUGGAUUUCUAAGUCCCUAAAUCCCUAAAAUUAGCGGCCUGAAGUAAUCA